CAUGAUGUAUACUAUUGACACGGGCGCAUUCUAUUCAUAAAUACUUUUACAAUAACAAAAAAUUAUUGAUUAUCAUCCUAAUCACAUGUUCACCGCUAAUUAUAAUCCCAAAUCACAUCCUACAAGACAGAAAAAUCCAAUUAUAUAAUUGGCCCCACCUGUCCAAAUAAACCUUCACUGCCAUACUUUGAAAAAAAAAAAAAAAGUGGCCUUGAAAUUUCAGCUUUACAAAAUUAAUCCUUUCCUAAACAAAGUUUUUCCUUAAAGUUUUGCCUUUUUUGGUGGGGUCUUAAGAACUAAGAAUGGAGCCAAAUUCAAGCUCGCCAUUACUGGGUCGGAAACUGAGUCAAAACGGUCGGCAGGGGAUACGCCGUCGUAAUUCGGUCAACUCGUUGAGACAAGACUUCAUUUCCAGGUUGCCUGAUAAGCUUCGUUCUGGGGUUGAUGAUGAAUCUUGCUAUGAUGUUAAUUUCUCUAAAACUCAUAGUUUAACUCAAGGAGAGAAAGAGUACUAUGAAAGACAAUUCGCUACCUUGAAAUCUUUUGAGGAAGUUGAUCACGUAGUCCAAUCAGGUUUGCCAGAAGAGGAUGAUGAUGAACAAGCUCAACACGAACGAGCAAUGAAGAUAUCAAAUUAUGCUAAUAUUGUGCUUUUGGCAUUCAAGAUCUAUGCUACCAUAAAAACUGGAUCAUUAGCCAUUGCUGCAUCAACGUUGGAUUCUUUGCUUGACCUUAUGGCUGGCGGUAUUCUUUGGUUUACUCAUCUUUCAAUGAAAAACAUCAAUAUCUACAAGUACCCUAUCGGGAAAUUAAGAGUCCAGCCAGUGGGAAUCAUCAUAUUUGCGGCUAUUAUGGCUACCCUAGGAUUCCAAGUUCUCAUACAGGCUGUGGAGCAAUUAAUUAAGAAUGAAGGUGCUGAAAAAAUGACAUCUGACCAGUAUAUAUGGCUCUGCGUGAUUAUGAUAUCAGCCACAGUUGUAAAACUUGCCUUGUUCCUUUACUGCAGAAGCUCUGGAAAUGAAAUCGUUCGAGCUUAUGCCAAGGAUCAUUACUUUGAUGUGGUUACGAAUGUGGUCGGUUUAGUUGCUGCAAUUCUUGGUGACAAGUUUUACUGGUGGAUAGACCCUGCUGGCGCUAUUCUUCUUGCAAUAUAUACAAUUGCAAAUUGGUCAGGAACUGUUUUAGAGAAUGCAGUUUCACUUAUAGGACAGACAGCUCCUCCUGAAGUCUUGCAAAAGUUUACAUACCUCGUUAUAAGGCACCCUCAAGUUAAGCGUAUUGACACUGUUCGUGCUUACACUUUUGGUGUGCUUUAUUUUGUGGAGGUUGACAUUGAACUACCCGAGGAUAUUCCUUUGAAAGAAGCACAUGCUAUUGGAGAGACACUACAGAUUAAGCUAGAGAAACUACCUGAAGUCGAGCGAGCUUUUGUCCAUUUAGAUUUUGAAUGUGAACAUAAACCGGAGCACACUGUUUUAAGCAAGCUGCCUAAUACUGAUCCUUGAUUAUGAAUGUGAACACAAAUUAGAAGCGUGGGUUUCCUAUACCAUCAAUUUUCUCAUUUUAA